CGGGACGGAUCCCCCACCGCCCCGGCUUGUGGGGGGAUCGGGCUGCUGGCGCCUUCCUUCUGGCUGCCUUCCCUUUGACCAGUCCGCGUUGGUCGGCCUUGAGGGACGUCGGCCGCGACCCAAGCAAGUGGGGUGGAAAGAUUUCUUGCAGGGGCUUCAAUGUGUUCAAGACAUAUAUUUGAAAGGUGGGGAACUAGUGGAAGAGUUGCAACUUUUUGAAGAUACACACCUUACCAUAUCUAGAAAGUAAUAAAGGAAACUUCAUCCACACUUCACCAAAAUGCAGCGGAGUCUGUUACAUUCUGCAUCUCAGCUGGCUCACGGGACGUGUUGGUUCUUCCCCCGCACCGGUGUCUUUCAGUGCUUAAAAGGACAGUCUGUGCUUGCUAAUGUGGGAUGCAAAGUGAUUCUGGCACUAGACCCUCCUAAACGAUGUCUUCAUGCGGGUGCAGCUCACUUUGCCUCAAAGAAAACUGAUUUUCAAUCACAGCCAGCAAACACUUCUCACAAAGUACCAGAAGAGAGAAAUUCUUUGCCUUCGGCCACUGAUGCGCCCAAGCAGAGCCCUGCAGAGUCAGAUUCUUCAGAACCUGAUCCAUUACAAGAUAAAUCAAUUAGUCUUGUUCAGAGAUUCAAGAAGACUUUUAAGCAGUAUGGGAAAGUCAUGAUUCCAGUGCACCUUGUGACUUCCAGUGUAUGGUUUGGAUCCUUUUACUAUGCAGCCAUGAAUGGGGUGAAUGUUGUUCCAUUCCUAGAGUUGAUUGGCUUACCAGACAGCGUAGUAGACAUCUUGAAAAAUUCCCAGAGUGGAAAUGCACUAACUGCAUAUGCAUUGUAUAAAAUUGCAACUCCUGCCAGAUACACUGUGACUUUGGGAGGAACGUCUGUCACUGUUAAAUACCUACGUAGGCACGGCUACAUGUCCACACCACCACCUGUAAAGGAAUACCUACAAGACAGGAUGGAGGAAACAAAGGAUAAAAUUACAGAGAAGAUGGGGGAAACAAAGGAUAAAAUUACAGAGAAGAUGGGGGAAACAAAGGAUAAAAUUACGGAGAAGAUGGGGGAAACAAAGGAUAAAAUUACAGAGAAGAUGGAGGAAACAAAGGAUAAAAUUACAGGGAAGAUACAAGAAACCAAAGAUAAAGUUUCUUUUAAAAAAAUAAAGGAGUAGGAGAGAUGCUUGAUUUUUGGAUAUAUCAAACUUAGCACUUUAACCCUUUGUGAGGCAGGAUAUGCAAAGUACACUUCUGAGCUUUUUUCCUUUUUUUUUUUCUUUUAUAUUUUUUACCCUUUGUCUGGAGAUGACAAUUGCUACAUGGAUUUAAAGGUUAAAGUUCCUUAGGGAAGAGGUUGUGACCUAAAAGUUUCAAUUUUCAGAAGGAAAAGUGAAUCUCAGAUUAGAAGUUAAUAUGUCCCUUGAUAAUAAUGUUAAGAAUUACUCUUCCCUCUUUUUUUCCCACAUCCUCCUCCAAAUGAAGGCGAUUUCUGCCAAGAGCCACUACUCUGUACUUCUCCCAUCACAGUGCACAGCCAUGGUUCCACUAGACUGCAUCUUCCAUUAAAUAAGAAUGAAGAUUUCUCUGUUGGGAAGAGCAACAUGUUUAGAUUUUUAGAGCACGUGGACCCAAGCCUCUUCAAUCGUGAUCAUCUCUCAAUUUGGAGCAGACCAUUGUCACUGAUACUGCACAUGAAGGAAUUGAUGGAUCAGCUACUGAGCAGGAAUUCAUUACAAUGGUUUCCUUGGCUUCAGCCAGGCUCCUGUGGUUUAUGGGCUGAGACUAUGAAUCUUUCUUGAACAGUGCAUCUCUUCAGAAAUCUCAACUGAAAGCUAUAGGAAGAUGAGUUAAUCACAGUAGCCAUACUGUCAAGUAUACUUUGUUUCCUGAAGUUGAUUUACAGUACAAAGUCAUUAAAAUCAAUAAUUGCAUAUUAAACACUAGGAUUUGUUCAUUGUGUUAAAGUUUACAAACCUGCUCUGUUUCAUUUUUGAAACAAAAAAGAAUUGAAAGAAAAGUUUACUUGAGAAAUUGCUAUACUAAGGGGCUUUUUAAACACAUGGAAAGUUAGAGUUAAACCCCAAAGUUCCUCCUCCUCCCUGAGUAAAACAAUUUGACUAAAAUAAGCAUGAUUUCUGAGACAGCGAUCACAGUCUACCAAACUUUUUUCCCCUAGAUAAAGUCAAGCAAACAUUUAUUCUUACCUGAAUUCUGAAAUGCUGUCUCAGAUGUCAUAAAGAACUAAAGUUGAAACUGUUAUAUUUGGCUGGGCAAGCAAACUUCUCUCAGUUUUAUUCAAACGUAGGCUGAAUUGAAGUGUUUCUACUACAGAUCUCACUUUGUAGCAACUCAGCAUGUGUAAGUUGUUUGACAAAGGUGCUUUUUUUCAGGGGGAUAUGGGGAAGCAAUAGAGUUGGACCCUGAGCAUUGCAAUUUACUGGAGUGAAAAAAUAUAGCUGAUGAAGUAUCAGCUCUGCCUCACUGUCCCAUUCUCAUUCAAGUCACUGAGGGCUUCUCUAUGUUUAAGUGAGUUGAACUUCAUUAACUUCAUUAAUUGUGCAGGAUUCAUUACAUACUUCUCUGCCUCUGCCCACAUGUUAAAUAGUAACUGCAAUCUAAUGCCUACCUCACAGGGAUGUUGUGAGGAAUAAUCAUUGUAUAUUCAGUGACCUGAAGAUGUAAAGUGCCAUGUUUCUGAUAAAAAUUAUUUAAAAAAAUAUUUCUGUGAACUCUUACACUGCUAAGUACUACUGUUAAGGACUAGAGUUAACAGAUGCUUUUUUGUUUUUCUCUUUUAGUAAGCUUUUCCUUACUGUCCCCCUGCACACAGUCUUCUGAUGUUGGCAUUUCUUCUGAUUUCCCACUUUUGGGGGCAGUGUUACCCAUGUCCUUUGCAGGACCCUGCAAAGCCCAAAUUGUGCCCCAAUAACAUUGCAUGGUCACUCUCAGUCUGGGGCCACAUAUGGGACCCUUUCAGUGCAACUCACAGGAUUCAUCUCUUUACACAAGGCAGGGAUUGCACAGGGGCACCUUGGUGUCCUAGGAUGAGUUUUUAGCCCUUAGAGAUGUUAGAACUUGUUUAUUACACCACCUCUUCUUGCUCUUUCCCUUGCCCAGCUGGCCUGUGACCACUCCAGUGUUUAUUGACCCAUCUCUACUAAUGCUGAGUACAAAAGCUGAUUGUCUUGGAGUUGACUGUCCUGUGUGAUCAUUUCUGCAGCUGCAGGAACAGCUCACAGGGACUCUUGCCAAGUGCCUCCUCUGUGUAGGUGGUCAAUUUUGCAGCAUGGAGAAGCUUGAGGAGUUUCUGGGACAACCACUUCCUCCACCCAGCAUGUCAGUUGACAAAGCACAGAGUUACAUGGAUCCAUUUAUACAAAGCGAGAGGGGAAAUCUUUAAGACUUUGGAAGUCUGACCUGGAGAGCUUUUGUAAGAAUUAGUCACAUACUUGAUGACCUUGUCUCAAAUUGGCCUUAUAUAGAACCUCUGCCUCUAGUGCAGAGAGCACCUGGGGAGUUUCCUGGGCUGCCCAGGGAAUGAAUGUAAGGCCACCUGGUGCCCAGCAGGUACCCAGCUAUGCUGCAGUUUUAACUCGGCUAAAGUUGACUUUCAUCCUGUAUCUCUCUUAUAAAUUAUCUUGCCAUGAUACUAAGGUGCAGUUCUUGUUAGUGACAGCCUUAGUGUGAGUCUGCAUGGCUGGCAGCCAGGGGCCACCACCCUUUGAAGAGGCAGUGUGCCUGCACUCUGCUGGCAGGCUAGGGCAAGCAAGGGGCACCUGGGGACAGCGUCUCCUUCUGGUACCCAGGCCAGCACAGUUGGCACACUCAUGUGGCAGCAGUGUCCCUUAAGGUGGAACAGCAUCAGUGAGUGCCUUCAGAAGCAGAGAAGGACAGGGGAGCAGGUGCCAUGGCCUGGGAAAGCAGUUUGGCCACAGCCCCAAGAGGCCCUGAGGCAGCCCACAAGUGACCAAGCAAGGGAGCGCCCAGCGAGUGCCAGGAGUCCUUGGUGAGAUGAAAAGCCCAGAGAGAAGCCCAGCAGCACCUUCUGUUGCCCAUAGGACCAUUCAGUCAGUGCUAUCAGGGCUUGCCUUUUUACCUCUCGCUGUUCAGCAUCCUCGUGGGAAAGGGCUGUCCCUUCAGGCUCUAGAGGGUGGGUGGGGGUGUGGGUCCCUCCACCUCUGCAAGGCUUCAGAAAUCUGGUGAGACCAGGACUGAGGCAUCCAUCACUACAUAUACAGCAGGGAAAUGGCUGCUUUGGCAAUCUCUCCCACUUCUGUCUGCUCCCAGCUCACAUGUAACACCACUGCACAGCAUCACCAAGUCACAACCUGCAACGGGGCUGGACCUGAAACUGGGACAGUGCUCAACUGUAAGUCUGAGCAGGCUGGGUCUGCAAUUGGGCAUCCCAAGAUGAGUCCAGAGUACAUGCUGUGAUCAAAGCAGGGAAUCUGUGCCAAAACUGGGGCCCCAGGAUGGAGUGGGAGUAGAUGUUAAAGUCUAAGCAGGGGGGCAGAUUUGAAAUCACAUCCCAUGAUGUGACUGGAGCUGAAGCUGCAAACCAGUGCAGAGCCAAAUCCAACAUCACAACUCACUACUUGGCUUGGGCCUAAGUUGCUGCUCAAGAUGGGGGAGAGACAAAGUCAAAACCCAAGCACUGUCCAGAGCCAAAAUUGCAGCUAAAGGUGGGCUCAGAGUCAACAUAACAUCCCUACUGGGACUGGAACAAAAAUCAUGGCCCAGUAUCAGGACAGACCAGCAAUCACCACCUGAGGUAGUGCCAGAGCCAAAAAAUUCAUAUCCAAGAUGGGCUGGAACCAAAGCCAUGGCCAGAGGUAGGGGGCAGAGCCUACACUGCUGCCCAGACUGCUGUGGCACUCACUGUCUGAGCACGGAACAGAGCCAAAUUUGAGUUGGAGGCAAGUAGUGGUCCAAGACAGGGCAGGAACUGAAGAUGAAGUUUUAGCUCUCAUAUUUUUCAGAUUCUGUACUGCAUUAGUAUAUAACUCUGAACUUCAUAAAAAGUAUUUGCACGUUCUCUUCACAGCUGAAACAAAACAAUCCUUUUCCAGACUGUGAACCAAGGUCACCAGGCUCUUGGACUGCCCAAGGUGUAACCUUUGAAGGCCUUUCUAAUAAAUACCUACUUUAUUUCUCUUACUCUGUCUAGCUUCUGUUCUAGGUAACCUCUCCAGGCAUCCAAAUCACAGCCAAAUAUUGAGCCAGAGCUGAAAUCGUGCCCAGAAAUGCCACUGAGAUGAAGCCACAGACCAACAUGGGGCUACAGCCACAGUUACAACCUGCCAUCCCUAGCCACAGACACAGACCAAAUAGGUUGCUGAAGUAGCAACCUGGUAUUAGGCCAGACCUGUCUCAGAGGCUCAAGAUGUGUCUGAAACUGAAAUCAUGGCCUGAAAUUGCAAUGGAGCUAAAGUCACAUCUAAAGAUGGGGCCAGAGCUGAAGCCAUGACCCAAGAUUUCCCCUAGAAGCAGAGUAACAGCCCAAGAUAUGACAAGGAACAAAUUAGCAACCCAAAUAGGGGCCAAAGGCACAGACAUGGUCUGAGACUGAGCAAGAGCCAAAGAUACAGCAAAAAUGGCACCAUCACUGGUAUUACAGCUCAGGAUGGAGUUGGAGCUAAAAUCACAGUCUGAUACAGAACUGGAGCCAAACUUGUGCCUUGAAAUGGGGCCAGAGCCAAAGUCGCAGCUCAAUAUGGGACUGGAGCAGAAGCCAUGAUCCUCACCGGGGCUGGAGCAGGGACCAGAGCUGAAGCCCUGAUCCAAAACCUGAGCCAAACUCAUGGCCUCACAGUGGACAGGAGCUGAAGACAUGGCUCAAAAAUAGCCACCAGUCACUGAACAGGGAACAGAGCUGAAAUCACUGCCCAAGAAGGAAAAGUUGCAGCCUGAAAUGGGCUAAAGCAGAAGUCAUGAACCAUGCAGGGACCAAAGGCAAAGUUGCAACUGAGUAUCAAAGCAGAGAAAAAGAUGUGGAUGGCCAGGUGGCCAGAGGCUAGGUCACAGCUUGACCCAGGACUGAAGCUGAAGUAGCAGCCCAAACAAGAGCUGUAAUAACCUCCCAGCUGGGGCCAGAGCCAAAGCUGUGAUCUACCAUCAAGCUGUUGGCAAAGCUUCUGGUCAGUAUCAGGCCAGAGAUUAAGUCACAGCCCAAUACCAAUCCAGAACCACAAUUGCAAUCAGAGCCAAAGCAGGAGCAAAAGCAGGAGCCCAAGAUGGCAAUGAAGCCAAAUUUGUGGCCUGAGCAAUAGCUUAAGCCAAGGUUGCAGAUGAAGAUGUGGCUGGAGACAAAGUCACAAGCCAAGACAAGCCAGAGCCAAAGCCAUGGCCCAAACAGUGAUCAAGCCACAGCAACCUCCUGAGGAGGGGUCAGACCCAAAGCAGCCACCUGAACAAUGGCCAGAGCCAAAGUUAUGGCCAAAGAUGGGGCUGACACAAAAAUCUCAACGCAGUGUUGAGCCAGAGCUGCAGUAGCAGCCUGAGGUGAGCCAGAGCUCAAACUGCUGCCAUAGAUGGGAGCAAAUAAAGUCUCACUCCAGUAACUCUACAAAGCUGAGGUUAACAGCUCAAUCUGACACCAGUCACAGCCCAGGCAGCGAACCGAGCAAAGUUGCUGCCCCAUGUCAGGCCAGCUCCAAAGUCAUAAAACAAGAAGGGCAGAGCAGAGUCAAAGAGCAAGCAGGGGCAGAGCAGACCCCAUGAGCCUGAGCUGGAGUCAGAGCCCUGUAUCAGGCUGGGGACAUGCUUGUGAGCAAGCAUGUCCCCAGCCUGCUUGCUGGGGGGAGACGGGACCAGAAUCCAAGUUGUGGCUCAGGAUGGGUCCUGGAGCUGCAACCAUUGCCCAAGAUGGGGUUGGAGACCUGAUAGAGGCCCAAGGUGGCUCCUGAUCUCUACUCACAGCCUGAGCAGAGGUCCAACCUGCCUGAUGGGACUAGAGCCAAAAUCACAGCCCAGCCACGGGCCAGAGCUGAAGCCUGAUACAAAGCUGGAGAUGAAGAGACAGGGUCAAGGAGCAGAGGCUGGAGCCCAACUCAAAGAGUGAUAUUCAGCCAGAGCCAAACCUAUGACCAGCUCUAUUGGCCUGAAACAGGCAGGAGAAAAAGCUGCAGACCAAGAUGGAGCUGAGUGGAAAUGGCAGCUCAACAUAGGGCCAGAGGUGAAUUCACAUCCUGAACAGGACCCAGAGUUAAAAUGAUGGCCCAAGAUGGGCCCAGAACCAAAGUCAGAGCCUGACAGGGGAACAGCUGAAGUCUCAGCCCAAGAGGAGCUGAAAUCUUGGCCUAAGCAAUGGCUGGAACUGAAGCAAUAGUGAAAAUGGGGCCAGUCAAAAAAAUGGCCUGAACAAAGACCAGAGCCAGUCACAGUCUAAAUUAUUGCCCAAGCUGAAGGUGCAGCUGAGCCUUUUGAGCAGGGUUGGCACCAAAGCUGUGACCUGGUAACAGGGCAGAGCAAAAAUAGCAACUCAAGAUGCUGCUGGAGCCAAAGUUGAAACAAAUUCCUCUGAUUGUGUCCCCUUCAGGGUGUCAGCUUAGGGCAUUGCAUCACAUUCAUCCUUGUUCAUCACUUACCAUCAGCAACAAUAAUAAUUAGAGAAUUGUAAUUAUCCCCUGGCAAUUAGCUGCCUAUUUCUACAAUCUUCUUAAGUAGAAAGAAUACAUCUUGAUUUCAAAAGCCUGCAGGGUAACAUGCAGUGUUAAGUUUGGGCUUGAGUUUGAUGAAUUGAUUGGACAAUCAGAGAGGAGGGAACACAGGGGAGGAUAUUCAGGCUUGUUUAGGAAUAAUGCCCAAACAUGCUACAGUUCUUGAGUCAACUCCAUUGCCAGUCAAGUGUUAAAUGCUCUGUGUCCUCCUCUCAAACUCACGCUAAAUCAAGAAUCUUAUGUACUCUUGCAAUCAGAAUAAAAUCAUAAAACUGAUGUAAUUUCUACCUGAAAUGCUAUGCUGAAUCCAUCAGAAGUGCAGUUGGGAUCCUACAUUUAAUAUGACUCAGAACUGUAGUGCUGGGAGGCUGUUAGUAGAACAGAUCCAGCACCGGUAAUGUCAAUGGGCUGCCUUGGUGACCUAAAGCAGGCAUGGAGAGACAGCAGAGACUCCUUGUGAACACUGCCUUGACCUGGCUCUUGUGCUUACUGAUGACCUCCCAUCUGGGAUCACAAAGCAGGUGGAGACAAAAUCCAGCUCACCAUGAGCUUCUAAAUAACACAAGCUGCAAGUUUACCUCCCAUCCUUUUUUAGUGAUCGUUUCACAUGGAUUUGUUCACAGGUACAAAAAGAGUUGCCGGACCUUGUAAGGAUAUGGAUGUGAGAGAACAUGAGAGAGCACAGAGAUGAGCAGCGAUGCUGUACUUGGCCUUCAGCUGAACAGACCCUGCAGUAAGUGGUGCAGAGUCCCCUCAGCUGGCACUGUCAAGCACUUCCACCAGCACAUUUACACCAGCUCUUUAUCCAGCCACUGCCUGAGAGCCACCUUGGAGCACCUUUCCUCCAAAAACAGGUGCCUGCACACAGCUGUGGCCUCCAGCUACCUCCCAGAUGUGGCAGAUGUGUUUUAAUGCAGAAGGAGACCUUUGGAUGAAUUGUAGUGGAGAAAGGAAGAUUUCUAAGCCUUGGUUAACUGAUGACUAAUGAUAUGGUUGGCUAAAUACCUGAAUUAAGUUUUUAUCCUGGAUUAGCUUAGAAAAGCCAUGAAAAUAAAGAGAACCGUGUCAUUUUAUAGAAGUGAACUCAAAGUUUCGGCCUAAUGUACUAACAGUGUAUUUUCUAUUGCUGGAUUGCUGUGCACUAGCCCUCACACCUCUACACAGCAUGUACCCACAUACAGACAAUCUUCUUCUUCAAAAAAAGAAGUGCCAGGACACAAGCAGCACUCAAGCUACAGCUGCACAGUUUACUCUGGAGUACAGUUUUACUGCAGACAAGCACUUUACUUCUGUGCCACUGUCAGGUGGGAAUUUUAGUGCACCUGAUGCCAUUUCCCUGACAGAGCACAAUUUUACAGUAAAGUGCCUGAUUGCCCUAGCAUAUGGCUGCAGACAGCAUGCAUAUUAUCUAUAGGUAUAAUAUACAGCAUGACUGUAGAAGGUGAGAGGGCUUGCAUGCUGAGUACUUAAUGCAGUUAUCACUCAGCCACAGGGCUUUUCAUGUUUGCCAAUGCACCUCUCACUGAAAAGCUGUGACACCCAGUACUGCACCUGUAACUUCCCAAAACAAACACAGUCAGUCACUAUCAGCACCUUUGAUCUGCAGAAGGAGGGGGGGGUCAAAGAAACCAGACUGACUCUGCAGUCCCUCAGUCAAGCCUUACCUGUUAUCCUUUUCCUGACAUUACAUUAGUUGAAGUUACCAGCUCAUCAACUUUUCCCCCAAGAGAUAAAAAGUUUGCAGCAUAAGCAAAUUUUAUAGCACUUACAAUCCUAACCCCAUUGUCAGGAAAGAACCAGCUCCUAUCCUUUUUGUUGUUGCCAUAAACCCUACCGAGCAGUUAUGCAAGCACAUUUGUGCUUUUAUAUUUGACUUACAUAUCUUCUUCACCAAGUAAAGCCAACCAGGGCAAACUUGGCUCAGCUCAUGAAAUAUUCACAGCACUGUAACACAAUUACACAUGUAUGCAUAUACACAGGGACACGUAAUAAGUGGGAAUGUUCUUACUGCUUUGAGAUGAAAACCACUUUUUUUCUUUUCCCCUAAGAAUUUCUUGCUGCCCAGGGUUAAAUGUAGGUCAAGCUGUCUGAGCCCAUGUCUGUGGCACACAGAGCAGGAUUAAACUGGAAUUUUCCACUCAACUCAACUGUCAAUCACUAUAAUGUCUGCAAAUGUUAAAUUAAGCUGGAAUGAUCUGGUGUUGGCACUGACGGGGGCUCAAGGGUGGCAUUUUGGCCUCCAUGAAAAAGAUGCCCUCUUUCUCUGAACAAGGGGUGGCUAUGUCCUGGCUGCUUGCUCAAAGCCCUGCCAAACAGAAAAUAGCUCUGUACAAGACAGUGGGAUGUUUGGAAGUGAGCAGAAACUAUACCUUGCAAGUGGAGGGACUGGGAAUGGUGGCAGGGAAAGGUUAUUCCCAGUAUUGUCACAGGCUGCACUGAGACAUGGCAUGUAGUUCAUGUGUGCUUCCUCAUCUUUAAAAUACUUUUGGCACCUUUCUGCUGCUGUUUUGCAACACACUUCAGAGUGGAAACCAUUAAAGGAUACAAAAUAUUUAGAUUAGCCCCUUUAUUAAGGAGAGCCAGCCUUCAAAUGUCCCCCUCUAACCAUAGCAGAGCAUCUACAGGCUUAGCAUGUGGCAGGUACCCCUGGGAUGGAUCAUGCAGUCCUACCAUAAUAAAUAAUGUAUUUAAGGCAACUUGGAACACCUCAGCAAGCAAAAAUUUGCAGUUAAAUAGUAAAAACUGCAGCAUAUAGUUUCCCCCUUAUGUUUUGGAAAAUUCUGGGAACAAGUAGGGCUACUGACUGUACAGGACACUGAGAAACUCAGCUCAUCAAUUUUACCACACGUAAAGAAUUCAGUGUUUCAGCUCUAAUCCCCAUUCUCAGGCUCUCAGGAGCAAUCAUUUGGCAGCCAGUCGGGAAAAAAAAUGUAGAAAACAAGCAAAAAAAAAAAUCAUGCAAGUUUUUAGUUUUCUUAAUCAAUGCUAGAGUUCUGCAAAAGCAGCACAAUGCAAACUGCACAAAAAGCAGGGCAUCGCCGCAGUAGAAGCAAGCUAUUAGAAGAGGAUUCAGCAGUAAGGGUUUUAAAAUGUGCAUUUUAAUUAGAACUCACUUAAAGCACAACCGAUCAAAACAGUGAUAAUGAGAGAAGCCUAAUUAAUUUUUGUCUAAGUAACGAAGUCUCAUUACAGAGGGGUCUUUGGAAGAAAAGGGUUUGGGAUGUUAAAACCAGGGUGUUUGUAAUGAGACACAAUACUGCUGGGAGCCUGGAAGCCAGACCUAGAGGUUUCACAGGACUGCAGCAGCCACUAUAUUAAUCUUUCAGCAGAAAAAAAGUAACCCUACUGAGAUGAGACAUCCCAUUUACAGCUGAGUUGCAAUCAUUGGCAGUGAUAUUAAAACACAAUCAAACAGAAUGGCAUAUUAUAAACUAAAUAUAAAUACAAUUAAAA